AAUUGUAUUACUAUUUGAGGCAGUGUUCUCUAAGCUAUAGUGACAGCAACAAAGUGGUAAAGAUUCGUUGAUUAAUUAAAGUAAAACAAAAAGGGACAAACUAUUGACUAUUUGCUUGCUUGAUCAAAUCUGUGUUUCUACUAGAACUACUCUCCCUCUUAACUAUGGCCGAUGCUGUGAUUUCCAUGGUCGUUCGGCUGUUGGGGUCUCUUCCUCUUGAGAAGAUAAUAAAAGAAGUGAGUUUGCUCAACAAUGUUCAACAAAGAGUGGAAAAUUUGAAGAGAAAUUUGAGGUCCAUUCAAGCUGUACUUCAUGAUGCUGAGAACAAAAGAUGGAGUAGCAAUAGUGAAAGUGUGAAAGUUUGGCUGGAGACGCUUGAAGAUGAUGCUCAAGAGAUGGGCAACGUUCUCGAUCGAUGGAACACUCUCAUUCUCAGAUCCCAAAUUGAGAAUGAGUUUGAUCAAAGGCGAAAUUCGGUUAGUUUCUUCAAGCCCUCUUCUUGUUUUUGUUUCCCGAAAGUGAAUAAAUUGAUUUCUUGCCGUGAGAUCGCUUUGAAAAUUGAAGAACUCGAUGGAAAAAUAACUAAAACAGCUAAUCAGAUAGGCCAAUUAGGCCUAUUAGAAAACAUGACGAGAGUUGCUACUCGUGACGUACAAGUUGUGGGAAGAUUGGAAACAACCUCUCUUGUUGAUGAAACUGAAAUUCAUGGUCGAGAAGAAGAUAAGAAGGCCCUGUUAGAUAUGUUAAUGUCAGAGAGAAGUUAUGGCAUUGACCAGAGACUACUUGAGGUCAUCUCUAUCGUGGGGAUGGGUGGACUUGGCAAAACCACUCUGGCGCAAUUGGCUUUUAAUUAUGAAAGAGUUAAGAAUCAUUUUCCUAAAAUGAUUUGGGUAAGCGUCUCUGAGCCUUUUGAUCUACGCAAUAUUGUAUUAGCUAUUACUGAAAUUCUUCAUAAAGAAUAUUACCACACUCAAAUCCAAGAAAAAGAUGAUUCAAGUCAGAUCCAAUAUAACAAGCCACCAACAUUUCAAACCUUAGAAGGAGCAUUUACAUGUAUUUCUACUCUUCUUGGUAAGGGUCGAUUUCUUUUGGUUCUAGACGAUGUAUGGAACGAGGAGUACAGUAAAUGGGAACCAUUGGAGGUAUUUUUGAAAAAAUUAGAUUCUGUGGGAAGUAAAGUUUUGAUUACCACACGAAAGGAGAGUGUAGCACGUGUCAUGGGAGCCACUCCUUCCAAGAUCAUUCAUUUGAAAGAGUUGAACCAUAGUGAGUGCCAAUUGAUAUUUGAAAGACAAGCUUUUAAAGGUAGAAAUAACGAUGAAGGAAUCAAAGAAUUAAGAGAUAUUGCUGUGCAAAUCGUGAAAAAGUGCAAGGGAUUACCUCUGGCUGCCAAGACUUUAGGUGGUUUGAUGCUUUCCAAGAGAAGUAGACAGGAAUGGGAAGAGGUUUUACGUAGUCAACUGUGGGAGUUAAAUGUUCGUGAAGUUGAACAAUACCUCUUUGGUCCACUUUUAUUAAGUUAUCUUGAUUUAUCUUCCUUAGAGAAACGUUGUUUGUUGUAUUGUUCCAUAUAUCCAAAAGAUUAUCUUAUUUACAAGAAGGAAUUAAUUGAAUUAUGGAUGUCAGAAGGUUAUAUAAUUACAGAAGAAGAAGGGACAAGUAUUUUUCAAAAUUUAGCAAUGAGAUCCUUCUUUCAAGAUUUUUCAGAGACGGAAGACGAAUGGGAUGGUAAUGUGGUUUGUACCAUGCACGAUAUAUUACAUGACUUCGUUCAAUAUUUGACAAAAAGAGAAUGUGAGAUCAUAGAAGUUCUUAAUAUUGAUUCAGUUGAUCAGAAGAGAAGACUUGGUGAUCAAAGGACCCGACAUUUGACCAUAGCAAUGGAGUCUGGAGCUCAGUUUCCCAAUUUGGAAUUGUCUAGAGACAGUAAACUUUUUCUGCACACAUUUCUUAUUUUAAGGUAUGGAGAGUUCGAUUUUUCUGUUGAUAGCUCCACAUUCUUAAGUAUAAGACAUAUUCGGACUUUGAAUUUGUCCAAUUGCAGGCUCCAUACACUGCCAGCAAAUGUUGGCGACUUAAUACAUUUAAGAUAUCUUGAGUUGUCCAACAAUCCUUUGGAGGAAUUACCGGACACAAUUUGUAACUUAUGCAACCUUCAGACUUUCAAAUUAAUGGAUUGUCUAUUUUUACUAAAGCUACCUGAAGGGAUGGGAAAGCUAAUCAACUUGAGGUCUUUGUAUUAUUGGGCUGAAAGUCAUGCUUUCAGUGGACUGCCAAAAGGAAUUUCGAGGCUCGCUUCAUUGCAAUAUUUAGAUUGGUUUCAAGUUCCCCAGAACGAGACAGAGUACUUGACUCUUAGAGAUUUGACGAAGAUGAACGACAAGCUCAAAAUUAAUCUGCUGGCUCUUAGUUUGGACAGUCUUGUAAAUAAGGAGCAUGCAACUGAGGAUAACAAGGUAGAUCUAACCACUUGGGAACACGUCAAUGAAUUGAUGAUAUGGCCAGGACACCCACGUAAUGAAUUCGAUUUUGCACUUGAGUACUUUAAACCUCAUCCAAAGUUAACAGUUUUAACAGUAAGGUAUUACACGAGCCACACAUUCUCUCCAAGAUGGAUGAUGUCCUUGCAUCUUUUGCGAGAGAUUGAAUUCACUUGUUGCCUUUCUUUAAAGAUUUUACCUGCAUUUUUAGGAAAACUACCAUCGCUCGAGUCACUCCAAUUCUGGAGUUUCAAAUGUGGAAAAGUUGGUUUGGAAGAUGAAGAUCAUGAACAAGUCCCGUUCAGUUCUACUCUAUACCCUAAACUUAAACGACUGACGUUCAUGAGUGGGAAGAACUGGGAAGAGUGGGAAGCAGAAGUACCUUGCAGUUCAAAACUCAUGCCGUCUCUCCAAACCUUGACGUUUGAGGACUGCCCUAGGCUUCGAGUGCUACCUGGCUUUCUUCAAAGAGUUCCUAUGCAAAUUAUAAAUAUUCACCGUAGUAGUAUUCUCGAGGAAUAUUGCAGAACGAGAGAAGGGAAUGAAUGGCCCAAGAUUUCUCACGCCAAAAACAUUAUCAUCGACCACGUGCACGUGCAGAGUGAUGGUUGUUACGUUGGAGUGACUAUUUGAACAAGAGUGCUGGUUUCGAUCCAUGAACGUACAGAUGUUAUCGAAAAAUAUUGUAAUAAUAUGUGAUGAAUUUGUGGAAAAAGAAUGAAGACUCUUGGAAAUGGAUUUCAAAUAGCUCACGAUCAAGAUCAAGU